AAUUACUGCAAAUUUGAGUCAAUUGAACAAAAAAUAGUACUUAAUAAUUUGAUUCACAUAGUGAUUUUCAAUCACGUGACUCGAGGCGCGAAAUUUUAAAAUAAUAAUUACUGAGGAAAAACAUAAUUUUCAUUCAUGAAGUGAAAGUUGCUUUUUUAAUUUUAUUUCUACAAGAUUUCUCUUACCUUGUAAAAGUGUUCAAACAAUAAUCUACAAUAAUAAUAAUAAUUCAAUGUCCUCAAAACAAGAAAAACUCUAUACCUUAAUUUUUGUAAAAGAAAAAAAGGAGAAAAAUGAAAAAAUACUUUUGGGUUUAAAAAAGAAAGGACUCGACCAAGGAUUGUGGAAUGGUUUUGGCGGCAAAGUAGAAAAAAACGAAUCGAUUUUGGAAGGAGCUCUGAGAGAAUUAAAAGAAGAAUGUGGUUUAUCUGGUGAAUUGAAAAAAAUUGGAGUACUUCACUUUCAUGGAAGAGAAGAAGGAAUUGUAUCAGUGGUUUACGUUUUUGAUACUUAUUCUUAUAUUGGAGACAUAACCGAGUCCGAAGAAAUGCAACCAAAAUGGUUUGAGAUAAAAGAAAUUCCUUUCAAUGAGAUGAAAGAAGAUGCGAGCAUCUGGUUUGAUCACAUGUUAAAGGGAAAAUUUUUCAAAGGCUACUUUCAUUAUGAAAAUGAUAAAAUUGUAAAACACAAAAUAGACGAAUUAACCGAAUUUGAAGAAAUGUAAUAAAAUAGA